AUGCCGCAUUCAGAACCAGAUCCAUGCGCCUCCUCUAUGGGCUCUAUAUUGAAUCCCACUACCCGCUCAAAUUCCAAUUCGAGUGCUUUAUUUGCAGCGGCGAUGUUGGAGAAGCAUCCAAUUCUUAUAGAAUUAGAAAAGUGGAGGGAGCGUCUCUUUCCCCCUUCUCCUAGAGAUCUAUUCGAUGAAUCAGUAGACGAAGCCACGCGGCAAGCUCGUCAGCAAGCGUAUGCAGCCAAGAAGGAUGCUGUGAGGAAGGAUGUCCUUGAGGAAUAUAAGAAAUGGUGGGUUGACAACGCGGAAGCACUUGAAGAAUGGCUUGAUAGCGGUGAGGAAAAUGAGGGACCGUGUUUUUGA